AUGCGCCUGUACACGCCCGAAAGCCUCCGGUAUCCGAUCACCGUGACCAAGCUGCUCAAGCAGCCCGGCGAUGAGAUCGAGCAGGAUGGCCACCUCUUCAACUAUGAGUACAAGAGCACCGUGCAGCAAUGGGACGAGUUCGAGAGAGAAGAUGUCGAGGUGGAGAAGACAUUUUAUUCAACAUUCGAGAGCGAGCUGGAGGGGACCGUCGCGGCGCUGAAUGUCAAGCCGGGUCAGGUCAUCACGCGCCGGACGAUGGUCGCAGAUGUGGAUGAGGCGUGCAAGCACGAAGUGCAAUUCGGCGGCCUUUGCGCUAACUGCGGCAAAGACAUGAACGAGAUUCACUCGUACAAUGAGUCAGCCGCCAUGACACAGCGCGCAACGAUCAAUACUAUCCAUGGUCGAACGGAGCUGCUCGUGUCAGAGGAAGAGGCGACGAAAGCUGAUGAAGAGGCGAAGAGAAGACUGCUGGAUACACGGCGGUUGAGCUUGGUUGUUGACCUUGAUCAGACCAUCAUUCACGCGUCUGUCGAGCCAACCAUUGGCGAGUGGCAGAACGACCCAUCAAAUCCGAACCACGAAGCAGUCAAAGACGUGUGCAAGUUCCAGCUGGUAGAUGAUCUACCAGGCAGACCGGGGACAUGGUAUUACAUCAAGCUGCGACCUGGGCUUAGAGAAUUCCUCAAAACCAUGUCGCAAUACUACGAGAUGCACAUCUACACCAUGGGCACGAGAGCAUAUGCCGAGAACAUCGCCAAGAUCGUCGACCCCGAGCAUCACAUUUUUGGUGAUCGCAUUCUGUCAAGAGACGAGAGCGGGAGUAUGACAGCCAAGAACUUGAAGAGGCUGUUCCCAGUGGACACGAAGAUGGUCGUUAUUAUCGAUGAUCGGGCUGAUGUCUGGCACUGGAUACCCAACCUAGUCAGGGUCAACGUCUACGAGUUCUUCGUUGGCAUUGGCGACAUCAACAGCAGUUUCCUGCCAAAGCGACCGGAGUUGGAUGCAAAACCAAAGCCUGCCAAGGUGGAGCAGACACCGACCAAAAGCGAGAGCUCGGAGGCCAGCACCAGCGAAUCCACUCCAGAAGCAAGCACAACCAGUACCGCUCCUACGACACCCCCAUCGACGACUCCCGCGGCCAAUGGCGAAGUCUCUGCUGUGGCACAGAUGUUGAACAUGGCAGGGCAGCAAGAUGCUAAGAGCAUCAAGACGAAAGAGGAAGAACAAGAGCAAGCGAUCGCUGCACAGCUUGAAGAUCGACCACUGUUGCAAAAGCAGAAGAUGCUGGAUGCUUUGGAGGAGGAGGAAGCGAAGACGUCUCCAGCGGCAGAAGCGGCAGCACAGCUCCUCUCAGAAAAUGGCGACAAGACGGAAGAUGCGCCGAAAGACGAGCCGCCAAAGAAGCACUAUCGACAUAAUCUUCUCCAGGACGACGACACCGAGCUGACGUAUCUGCAGCAAAGCCUGCGAAACAUUCACAAAGCUUACUAUGAGGAGUACGAGCGAGAUGCGGCCGGCAGCAAAGGCAGUAGAGUUGCCGAGCUACGACCAGGCCACACGAAGAAACGCUCCGUCGAUGAGUUCCAGCACAUACCAGAUGCGGCCGCGAUCAUGGACAGUCUCAAGUCUAGGGUGCUUGCAGGUGUGCACAUCGUCUUUUCGGGUGUUGUGCCGCUGGGGGUCGACAUUCAAAACCAUGACAUCGCCAUUUGGGCAAAGAGCUUUGGCGCAACUGUCAGCGAGAGCAUCACGAAGAGGACCACGCAUGUGAUUGCUUCGCCCGAGCGACGCACAGCAAAGGUUCGACAGGCAGCUAAGAGGGGUGGCAAAGUCGCCAUAGUCGGCCAAGGCUGGCUGUUGGCGUGUUUCAGUCAGUGGACGAAGGUUGACGAGAACCCGUAUCGGAUUCAUUCCGACGCACCUACGAAUGGUGCUGCCGGUCUGCCAGACAGUUUCGACCAAGGCAACGACUUCAUGCUCUCAUCUUCUGACGAUGAAGCCGCUCAGACGGAAGAGGAGACCGAAGAUGCCGAGACACCUAAUGGUGCAGGCAACGGGCGUUUGACGCUCGACACCGACUUUGAUACCGACACCGACAACGAGGAACUGCAGAAGCACGCGCCAACGAUGGCGCGACAAGACAGCAGUCCCACGGAAACCGAGAACGCCGACGACUGGGACGAUAUCAACGCAGAGUUGGAAGAAUUCCUCGAGGACAGCGAUGUUGAGUCCGUUAGCGAGAACGAGAGCGAGGGAGAUUCUACGCCGCCCUUAAAGACAACACCAAGUCAACGCAAGAGAAAGUCAGAUGACAGAGACUCAGAGGACGAGGCGGACGGUAGUCGACUGCAGAAGCGGAAGAAGGAAGCACUGGGUAGGACUAGCAGUCUUACGAAUCUCGUCGCCUCAUCCCAGGAGAGUGGCGCAUCCGCAAAAGAUGACGAGGGCGGUGGAGAAGCGCAAGACGAAGAAGCUGAUGGUGAUUUCGACCUCGAAGCAGCUUUAGCGGCGGAGCUCGAUCAGGAUGAAGAAGAGGAAGCUGCUGCUGAGAAUGGUGGUGGUACUGGUGCUUUGGAUGGGCAAACGUAA